GUGCGGAUGGCCCAUCAGCAGGCCUGGGCGGCGCUCGAAGUGGCGCUCCGGGUGCCCUGCCUCUACAUCAUAGACGCCAUCUUCAACAACUACUACGAUUACAGCCAAGGCCGGUUCUGCAUCGGGCUCCAGAUCUUCCUCCGGCUUCUCGGUGUAUUUGUAUCCAGUAUUGUUCUGAUCUUGUCACAGCGAUCACUUUUCAAGUUUUACAUGUACAGCGCAGCCUUUCUAUUAGCUGCAACUUCAGUGUUGGUAAAUUAUUAUGCUGCUUUGCACAUUGACUUCUAUGGUGCCUACAACACAUCAGCUUUUGGAAUUGAGCUGCUUCCUCGGAAAGGGCCCUCACUAUGGAUGGCACUCAUUGUUCUACAGCUAACAUUUGGAAUUGGAUACGUUACACUGCUCCAAAUUCAUUCCAUCUAUUCACAGUUAAUUAUUUUGGAUCUCUUGGUUCCUGUAAUAGGCUUAAUCACAGAGCUACCGUUACACAUCCGAGAGACUUUAGUUUUUACUUCUUCCUUGAUUCUUACAUUAAACACACUGCUUGUCUUGGCAGUGAAACUUAGGUGGUUUUAUUAUUCCACACGGUAUGUCUAUCUUUUAGUGAGGCACAUGUAUCGAAUUUAUGGAUUACAGUUAUUAAUGGAGGACACAUGGAAGAGGAUUCGUUUCCCAGAUAUACUGAGAGUCUUUUGGCUAACAAGAAUUACAGCUCAGGCUACAGUGUUAAUGUACAUUUUAAGGAUGGCAAAUGAAACCGAUUCCUUCUUUAUUUCUUGGGAUGAUUUCUGGGACCUCAUUUGCAAUCUUAUUAUUAGUGGGUGUGAUUCUACACUGACUGUACUGGGCAUGAGUGCUGUAAUUUCCUCAGUCGCCCAUUAUUUGGGCCUUGGAAUAUUGGCCUUUAUUGGAUCAAAUGAAGAAGACGACAGGCGGCUUGGCUUCGUAGCACCUGUUUUAUUUUUUAUUUUGGCUCUUCAGACUGGUUUAAGUGGUCUACGACCAGAAGAGAGACUUAUUCGCUUAAGUAGAAACAUGUGCCUUUUAUUAACUGCAGUCCUGCAUUUCAUCCAUGGAAUGACAGAUCCUGUAUUGAUGUCUCUCAGUGCCUCUCAUGUGUCAUCUUUCCGUAGACAUUUUCCUGUGCUCUUUCUUUCUGCUUGCCUGUUUAUUCUUCCCGUGUUACUCAGUUAUGUUCUUUGGCAUCACUAUGCACUAAACACAUGGUUGUUUGCCGUUACAGCCUUCUGUGUGGAACUUUGCUUAAAAGUAAUUGUUUCUCUCACUGUUUAUACAUUAUUCAUGAUUGAUGGCUACUAUAAUGUCCUCUGGGAAAAGCUUGAUGAUUAUGUCUACUAUGUUCGUUCAACAGGCAAUAUUAUUGAAUUUAUAUUUGGAGUAGUAAUGUUUGGAAAUGGGGCUUAUACUAUGAUGUUUGAGUCAGGAAGUAAAAUUCGGGCUUGUAUGAUGUGUCUACAUGCAUAUUUUAACAUCUAUUUACAAGCAAAAAAUGGCUGGAAGACAUUCAUGAAUCGUAGGACUGCUGUUAAGAAAAUUAAUUCACUUCCUGAAAUAAAAGGGAGCCGCUUACAAGAAAUAGAUGACGUCUGUGCAAUCUGCUAUCAUGAGUUUACAACAUCUGCUCGUAUCACACCAUGUAAUCAUUAUUUCCAUGCACUUUGCCUUCGGAAAUGGCUGUAUAUUCAAGAUACUUGUCCAAUGUGCCAUCAAAAAGUAUACAUCGAAGAUGAUAUCAAGGAUAAUUCAAAUAUAUCCAGCAACAACGGAUUUAUUGCACCUAAUGAACAUCCAGAGGAAGUUGUAAGAGAGGCGGAGGCGGCGGCGGCUGCUGCUGCUGCUGCUGCUGCUGAAUCUGACAGGGAAUUGAAUGAAGAUGACAGUACAGAUUGUGAUGAUGACGUUCAAAGAGAAAGAAAUGGAGUGAUUCAGAACACAGGUACAGCAGCUGAAGAACUUAAUGAGGACACUGACUGAUUAAACAGCAUUUACUAAUCAUUGAGGUUAUUUGUUCAAAAUUCAGUUCAUCCAAAAUGGAGUUAAUAUGCUUCACUUCAUUGUGUAACCAAGCACAAAAACAGUAUCAAUGUUGAAUCUGUGAAUGGUUUUCCGUUUACUGUGAUGUGCUACUGUAAAUAUACCUCUUGAAUUACUUCUGGUCUCUUUGGUGACCUAUUUAAAUUUGUGUACAUUAUUGUACAUAGAAUAAAAUGUUUUCACGUUUUUAUGACAAAAUUUGAACAAAUAGCUUUUUGAUAGAUAACGAUAAUAUGGUGCGCCAACUGUGCCAAAGAUUCCUCAGUGAAAGUGUAUAGUGCAUCUGACUCUGGCCCCUAGUGUUUAAGAUGAGUGGGAGAAUGAAAAUGCAAAUCAGAGGAAACCACACUAAAUCAAGAAAAUAAAAUAAUUUGGACCAGAGGAUAAAGGAUUUAUGUAGAAUAUUUUAUAAGCUAAGGAAAAAGUAGGCUGCCAGAAGUGAUUGGGACUUUUUGAAAUUUGAGAGUAGCACUGUAGUUGAACUGAGUUUGAAAGUCAAGAUUUGGACAGUGUGUGAGUUGAGAAAUAGGCACUUAUCAGCUAUGUAUCAACUUAUAUCUGGUCUGAACCAGAAUGUUUAAUUUUUAUGUAAAAAUAAGUAUAUUUGUUAGCCAUUCUGUGUUUGCAACGUUGACAUAAUAUUGUCCUUUCAUACUUUUGAAGAGAUUAUAAAAUGAAA